AUGCCUGGCAAGGGGCUGAGCUCCCGGGAUCCCCGGGACUUGGGGUGGCAUUCGGGGCCUCGAGGUCACCUCCUCUUCUUUUUGCUCCCAUUGAAGGCUCUGGAGAUCUGCCAGCAGAGGAACUUCGUGGAGGAGACAGUUUACCUCCUGAGCAGGAUGGGCAACAGCCGCAGCGCCCUGAAGAUGAUCAUGGAGGAGCUGCACGACGUGGACAAGGCCAUCGAGUUCGCCAAAGAGCAGGACGACGGCGAGCUGUGGGAGGAUCUGAUCCUGUACUCCAUCGACAAGCCGCCCUUCAUCACGGGGCUGCUGAACAACAUCGGCACCCACGUGGACCCCAUCCUGCUCAUCCACCGCAUCAAGGAAGGGAUGGAGAUCCCGAACCUGCGCGACUCGCUGGUGAAGAUCCUGCAGGACUACAACCUCCAGAUUCUGCUGCGGGAAGGCUGCAAGAAGAUCCUGGUGGCGGACUCCUUGUCCCUCCUGAAGAAGAUGCACCACACGCAGAUGAAGGGGGUCCUCGUCGACGAAGAAAACGUCUGUGAGUCGUGCCUGUCCCCCGUGCUCCCUCCAGGUAAGGUGUUCGAGGAGAACAGAGCGGGGCUCCCUUUAGGGCAUCGAUGAGGGGGGCAGAGCCGCUCCCCAUUGCCCCCCUCCAGUUUCCCUCUGCCCUGGGGCUGGAGUCCGGCAGUCCUGGGUUCAGAUUCUGCUUCCCACACUAGCCCUGUUUCUCCUCCGUCUCCUCUGUGAAGGGAGGACGGCGAGGCCCCAGGCGUCUCCCUCCCAGAGGUAACGCUUAGACAAGCUCU